CCACACUACGCAUGCUCCUCUCCACAGCAGCCGUUAGCAUCGGGGGCUAACAGCCGGAGCGUGUAAUGGCGGCCUCGGUGUUACUGGGGUCUGCGGAAAGCACCGGACUCAACUUCACGGUCGGAGCCGGUGGCAAUGGUAUCCUCGGAAACUCUAAUGGACUGGGCCAGGCGGGCCCUGCGUCCUGGAACCGCUCCCUGGACCGGGCGCUGGAAGAAGCGUCGGUAAGCGGCUGUCUGAACCUCAGCGGCAGGAAGCUGAAGGAGUUUCCCCGGAGCGCCGCCAACCACGACCUGACCGACACCGUCCGGGCCGAUCUGUCCCGGAACCGGCUGUCGGAGCUUCCUCUGGAGGUUUGCCUCUUCGUGUCUCUGGAGUAUCUGAACCUGUACCAGAACUGCCUGAGGUCUCUGCCGGACGGCCUGGUGAACCUACAAGCCCUGACGCACCUGAACCUCAGUCGGAACCAGCUGUCCGUCCUGCCGGCCGUCGUCUGCAGCCUUCCUCUGAAGGUUCUGAUUGCCUCUAACAACAAACUGGUUUCUCUGCCAGAGGAACUGGGCCAGCUGAGACACCUCACUGAGCUGGAUGUGAGCUGUAACGAGAUCCGGACGUUACCGUCCCAAGUGGGUCAGCUGGAGGCUCUGAGAGACCUGAACAUCCGGAGGAAUCACCUGGUCCGACUCCCUUCAGAGCUGGCUGAGCUUCCUCUGGUGCGCCUCGACUUCUCCUGCAACAAAGUGACCUCCAUUCCCGUCUGCUACCGCGGCCUGACCCAGCUGCAGGCCAUCGUCCUGGACAACAACCCGCUGCAGAGCCCGCCCGCACAGAUCUGCAUCAAAGGGAAGGUCCACAUCUUCAAGUUCCUGAACCUGGAGGCCAGUAAGACCACACCGGAGCUGCCCGAGUUCGACAGGAGACCUCUGACCUCCUGUGUUGACGAGGCGUAUCCAGGGCGACCGUACGGCGCGCUGGACUCGGGCUUCAACAGUGUGGACAGUGGGGACAAGCGGUGGCUGGGCAACGAGGUUUCAGAGGAACCGUCAGAGCUGCCGGUCAGAGACCAGAGGCGAGCCGGACCAGGAGGACAUGUGCUGCCCAACGGGACACCAGACGGGGAGCUGGAGCAGAUAGACUUCAUUGACAGCUGUGUGGAGGAGGAAGACGAGGGGAAGCGCCGUUCAGGAGCAGCAGACCGGAGCAGCCUCAGCUCUCAGUUCAUGGCAUACAUCGAGAGACGCAUCACCAGGGAGGGUUCCCCAGUGAAGAACAGCUUGGCUCGGGUGGAAGACAUGAAGAGACACAGCAGAAACAUGGCCGACGGCGUCGCGGCGUCUUCGAGCUCCCAAAGUCAGAGAGCUGGUUCCGGUUAUGGUUCCGGUUCUGGUUCUGGAGGUGUGGAGAGGAUGAGAAGAGAGGCUCAGCUCGCCGCUCUGAGGUACGAUGAAGAGCGGCAGAAGAACCGUUCUCUCCAGAGAGACAGCGUCACCAGCUACUCCAAGCAGAAAGCAGCUCAGAGUCCGUCCAAGUCCAGUCCAGAACCUGAGAACGUCUACCCCUCCAGGCGCUCCACCCACACAGAUGACUCUGCCCUCAUCAUGCAGGGAGAGGACAGAGCCACCUUGUCUCCUACAGCCAAUCAGUCGCCUUCGUACCCCGGCUCAGGAGGCGGGGCUUCCAGUCGGACGUCCAGCCUGCGGCCAGAUAGCUUCCUGUAUCGCCUCGGUCAGAGGGACGAGAAGAGAAAAGGGGACGCCGUCACUGCGCUGCCUCAACCCAAGGAGGAAGCUCCUGCUGCUCCUCCUCUGGUGGGCGAAGAUGCAGCGCUGGUGGAGCAGCUCAGGAAGAACAUCGAGGCCCGGCUGAAGGUGGCGCUGCCGAGCGACCUGGGCGCCGCCCUGACAGAUGGCGUGGUGCUAUGCCACCUGGCCAAUCACGUGAGGCCGCGCUCCGUCCCCAGCAUCCACGUCCCGUCCCCCGCUGUGCCUAAGCUCACCAUGGCCAAGUGUCGGCGCAACGUGGAGAACUUCCUGGAGGCGUGUCGCAGGAUCGGAGUCCCACAGACUAAGUUGUGUCUUCCGCUCCACAUCCUGGAGGAGCGAGGGCUCCCCCAGGUGGCCGGGACGGUCAGUGCGCUGCUGGACCUGGCUCCUCCCAAGCAGUCCGUCUCCACGACGACGGCAACGCCACCUGGGCCCUCCGUGGUCAUCUAGCCGCUGCACGCAUUCAGUCGGCCUCCUGUAACAACGAAUCAGAGCUCGCCGAGUUCCCACAGCCAGAAACGAGUCGUGACGCCGUUCAGGAAGCUGUGUGGCGUAUGGAAGCCCAUCAGUGCCAGGAAGUUAAAAUCAGGAGUUAUAAAUGAAAAUGUCGAUAAUGUUUGGUUGUGCUGAUUGAUCCAGAUCAACACUAAUGUCUGAGUUUCCAUGGUAACAGCAGGUUUUACUGCUUUGACUGGAGGAAAAACUCAUAAACAAGAUAUUUUUUAAACUCUAAAACGUGUUUAGACUAUUGGUUGGGAAAAAUCCAACUCAGGCAGUGAGUUUUUGACCAUUUUGUUCUUGUGGAACAUCUGAUUGUUUUGCUUUUUUGUGGGAAUAUUUUUUAUAAAGUGAGUGGGAAAUUUUAUUUUAAAAAUUUUCUCUCAACCCUUUAAAUUAAUCUAAAGUACAUACCAAUUGAACUGUAAAAGUACAUUUAAAAACUAUUUACUUUUGUGUGAAAAGUUAGAUUUUACACUGAUUUACCAUACUUUUUGAUUUUAGCUUUUACCAUGCUGGUUGAUUUAAUUUUUGCUCAAAUGGGCUUCCAUACAGCGUCCAUACAGACUUCUGGCAGGUGAGUGUUUUUGUCUGGAUGUUUGAGGCAUUCUCACUGAUCCCAGUACACAGGAGUCAAACAGAGGCUUUCCUACUGGUGCAGGACUGGUAACCUGCUGGAAGCUGCAUGUGGAUCUGAUGGAGACACAAAGAGCUGAGAUCAAACCGUCACGACUGAACUGAACGAGUCUUUAGAAACUGAACGAGUCUUUAGAAACUGAACGAGUCUUUAGAAAAUAAAUGAGUCUCGAGAAACCAAAUAAUUCUUCAGAAACUGAAACAGCUUUGGGCAACUGAACAUGUCUUGAGUAACUAGACUGGUCUUUGGAAACUUAACGAGUCUCAAGGAAGGGAACUAGUCCUGAGAAACCAAAGGAGUCUUUAAAAACUGAACUAGAAAGAAGACCAGAGACAGCAAGCGAGUCUUGAGAAACCAAAUAUGUCUGGUGUGACCAGACAAGUCUUGGGAAAUAGAACGAGUCCUGAGAAAGAGAAUAGGCCAGAGAAACCGAACGAGUCCUAGGAAAACGAACGAUUCUGGAGGAACCAAACGAGUCUUUGGAAACUGAAGUCUCAAGGAACAGAUCAUGUUUUAAGAAAGAGAGUAGGCCAGAGAAACUGAACAAGACUUGGAAAAACUCAACUAGUUCCAAGAAAGAGAACAGGCCAGAGAAAGAAGGCGAGUCUUGAGAAACCAAACGGGUCUCAUGUAACCAGGCAAGUCGUGGGAAAGCGAACGAGUCCCAUAUAGAGAGCGGAUAGAGAGCACAAACACUGAAAGCUGACGAAGUUGGCAAACCAGUCAUUGGAAUCUUACUGAUUGGUUGUGCUGAUUGAUCCAGCACAGCCAAUAACAACCAAUCACAAAAAAAUAAAUGUGAUUUUUUUCUCCCUGUCAACGUAAAGACGUCAGUUUUUCAUUUUAGUUUCGGGGAAUAUGUUUUGACUAUAUUUGGUGAAAUACUAAAGGUCAAUUUUUCUCCCAAACUCCAGGAGUUUUGGUUCGUAUUCAUGUUUGUAGGCACUGAACCCAGAAACUGAAACCAUAAGUAAAAUUUCAGGCUUUGCUGUUUUUUGCACAUAACACUGUUUAUAAUUUUUAUUUACUACUUUUGUUUCUAUACAAUGUUUUUUGUAUCUAUAGAACUUUAAAAUGACCUUGUGGUUAAGGAUAAUAAAGCUAAUUGCUGUCUGAUUUAGUUUGAAAGCACUUCAAUAAGUUAAGUUGAAACAAUAGCUUAAGUUAUAAAAUAAUAAAAUACUCAAAGAAUUUUGUAUACAACUGACAUUAUAACAUGCUAUCUAGCUGAUAUACGACUGAAGCUUCUUUGAUUGCUAAAUGCUAAAAUGAUGCUAACACUAAUCAGUAGCUACUGCUGACAAAGUUUGUUAUAAUAUUUAAGUUACAUUAAAUGUAUCACAAUAAUGUUUAUUACUGCUGAGAUGACCCAGCAGUUCUUAAUUUAGCUUGGUUUGUUGCUACCAUAUAUCAUUAGCUUCAGCUAGCAUUAGCUAGAAUGCUGUUGAACUGUGCUUAGGUGGCUUACAGGCCCAAAUGGCUUCAGUGAGUAAAGUAAAUAUUCUGAUGGAACAUUUGCUAAGUUGCUAAAUGAGUUAUCUUAAGCUGUUAGCACGGUUGACUCAAAAGCGAACUGUCUAACGCCAAUAAGUUGUCAGAAAAUGGAAUAAAACUGAUAAUGAUGAAGACAAAGCAGGAAACUAUAUGACCUAAAGUCCAGAAAUUAAAAAUGAGCAUUACCAGUCAAUGUUACUAGCUUCUAAGUUAACAGGGACAAAAGAAACGAAGAUACAAAAUAAAAGAUUGCUAGCUUAAUGCCAAUGAUCAUUUUCAACUGCAGCUUAUGAACAAUUUAUUGUUCUCACAUUUAAAAUGAUUGAAUUACUUUUGGUAAACCAUUUGUACUGAUAAGAGGCCAAAAUUUAGGAAAGUAAAAACUCGGGCUAGGUUAGUUAGCUGUUAGCUGCUACACAGUUAGCAAAAGCUCAUGUUACAAUAGCAAACACAAGCUGUGCUUGAUAUGUUGGAUCACUACAGACCUUUGAUAUACUAUAGUAUCAGAAAUUCAGGUUUCUGUGCUGCAGCAGUGACCGGUCACGUGACGCAUAUUUAAAAUAUGGUUUUAAAUCUAGUUUUUCUCACAGACUCUGACUCACAUUAAGUGUGAAGUGCUCUGUAUGUGAACAAGUUGACAGAAAUGCCAGUAAGCAAGUUUCAGACCAGAUGUUGGUUCAAUUAAACACCAGAAAUAAACAGAAGCCAGAAUUUAUACUGUAUAAUUAUUUUACUUUAGAUGUGGAAAUUGUAACAGUGCUACCUAUAAAAAUGGCUUAUAUUUAUUUCAUUUUCUCAACUUCAUACCUUCAGUUGCUGUGAAAAGCAGAAGUUCUGUUUAAAAUCCAGUUUGUUUCUCCAGGCUCAUUUCUUGGCCGCUGAUUGGCCGGCUGUAGAAAGCCGACCAAUCAGCAGAGAGCUAGGCGUUCCUCAGUUUAAGAUUCGUUCCAUUUUUGAUGUUUUUUCUUCUUUGCUCUGUUUCUGGUCUCCAUCAGAUCCAAAGUCGCUUUGAUCUUUCUGACUGAACCCUGAACUCUGACUGUCAGGCUUUCCGCCAAUCCUGGGGCCAACAGAUGAAAUCAUGUUUAUACAUAUAUGUUUGUUUGUUUUUAUUGUUGUUUACAUUCAGCUGUUUGGAUUUCUUUUGUUCUGAUUUUCACCCUGUAACGGAGCAGUUAGUGUUCAGAAAUCUCCUGUAAAUAUAUAUAAAUAUAAAUAUAUAUAUAUAUAUAUAUAUAUAUAUACAUGUGUAGAUAUGUUGUACAUAUGAAGCUGAAGCCUGUCUGUUGCCUUGGCGACACUGCAGGUUAAAGGUCACUGUUGGUUUGCUGUAGCGGUUCAUCCUGCUCCGAGCGCACUACAUUUAUUUAUGGAGCUCGUUUUAGUGGAGGAAGAAGACAACAACAGGAAGCGGCUUUUUAAUUUAAAACAUGUUUACUGAGGAGUUGUGCUGCGUUCAGGCGUAGUGGGACAUCACUAAACACUAACCUAAAAACACUUCUCACAGUUUGUGCACAAACUUAGCUCCUGUUUUUACCCUGUAGCGCCCUGAGUUUAGGCUGCCAGGCAGGUGACUUGGCGUUGUAAAAACAAUGAAUUCAAGUUUCUGUCCUGCAGCAGUGACCAGUCAUGUGACAAAGUCUCACUGUUUUUAAAGGACAUUCCACCAUUUUAAAGGACAGACAUGUUUUUACUUUUUUUCUGUACAAAAGAUGAAUCCGACUGUUUGAAGAGUUUAAACAAAAAAUAAAUAUUUUAAUGUGA